GUUCGGACCCCAAAUCGCUCAAUUUCAUCACACUUCUCAAACAUGGCUUUUAAUUCUUCCGCCAACGAACCUCCUGCCAUCGCCGUUCACUCUCCCUCCAUCGCCGGUCGUCUACUACUUUUCUAUCGUCCUCACCGCCGGGUUGCCACCUCUCCACUCUCGCCGACGCGAAGAAUUAACCCUAACAGGUCCCAGCGCAGAGGAAAACAGGCAAAAGUUUUAGCUAGCCGUCCAGAUUUGGAAUCAUCCGAUGACAAACCCCAUUAUUCUGCUGUAUCUAAGAAAAAUCACCACCUCUCCACUCAGCACACCAUUUUGGACUACAGGUUUAGGAUGCCAACGCCCGCCUGAAAAAACUUAGAUUAUCAAACAAGCCCACCUGCAAAAAAACGUGUAUUAUAAUAUAUAUACAUUAUCGUUGAUAUAUUGGUUAACCAAUUUGUUAUCCUAUUAUUAUUUGGUGAAUUAUUGGUUGACCAGAUCGAUCUCUGUAUAAAAGGGCAUCACGGCAGCGCAGCAGAGACGAACGAACAAAUUCCAAUCUUCCGUUAUAAACAGAACAGCAGACAGGAGGAGGAGGAAGAAGAAGAAAAGGCCUUGAGCUGGAUUUUGUAUUUCAGUGCACAGGAAAUUCCGUUUAUUGAAGGCUCUGCAGCUUACAGACCACCCUCCCAACUUGCAGACACAGGUCGGGGAGGAGUUGGGAUUGGGGAAAAAUAGGAGAAAUGGGAGAGAAGAAUCUGGAGAUUGUUCAAGAUCAAACAGCAACAGAACCCAAUGGUCAAAUAUCUCAUUUGGCCCUGGAUAUUGGAGGAUCAUUAAUAAAAUCAGUAUAUUUCUGUCGAAGCGAUAGUAGUGGUAGUGGUGAUGAUCAGGAUCACGAGUGUUCUGCAAAUGGUGGUUGUGCAAAGAAGCGUCCUGCUAUUGAAGGAAGUCUGCAUUUUGCCAAGUUGGAAACAAGCAAGAUAGACCAAUGCUUAGAGACUAUCAAAUCCAUGAAGCUUCAGUUUAAUGAUGAACAGGUUUUGUGCAUCAAAACAAUACAAUUGACGACAAUACAAUCAAGGAUACCAGUUUCAUUAAGGCUACAGGUGGGGGAGCACAUAAGUUUGCUGAUCUCUUCAAGGAAAAGCUCGGUAUUACCCUUGAGAAGGAGGAUGAAAUGGAUUGUCUUGUAGCCGGAGCUAACUUUUUGCUGAAGGCAGUCCGCCAGGAAGCAUUCACAUACAUAGAUGGGGUGAAGGAGUUCGUGCAGAUUGACCAUAAUGAUCUGUAUCCCUAUCUACUGGUUAACAUAGGAUCUGGUGUUAGCAUGAUCAAGGUUGACGGAGAUGGCUUAUUUGAGAGAGUUAGUGGAACUAGUAUUGGAGGAGGCACAUUUUGGGGCUUGGGAAACCUAUUGACAAAAUGCAAGAGCUUUGAUGAAUUGUUGGAGUUGAGUCAUCGAGGGAAUCACCGGGUGAUUGACAUGCUUGUUGGAGAUAUUUAUGGUGGAAUGGAUUACUCAAAGGUUGGUCUACCAUCUAGAGCUAUUGCUUCCAGCUUUGGGAAGGCAAUAUCUGAAGAUAAGGAGCUUGACGAUUACAAACCUGAAGAUAUUGCACGGUCACUUCUCAGAAUGAUUUCAAACAACAUUGGACAGAUCUCUUACUUGAAUGCACUCCGAUUCGGCCUGAAGAGAAUAUUCUUCGGUGGAUUUUUCAUUCGGGGACAGUCAUACACAAUGGAUACUAUCUCUGUUGCAGUUAAUUUCUGGUCCAAAGGAGAGGCAAAAGCAAUGUUCUUACGGCACGAAGGUUUUCUGGGAGCAAUGGGUGCAUUUGUUAGCUAUGACAAACAGCGUCUUGACGACUUGUUGGCAAAGGAGUCUUUGCAGCUACAAGUUAGCACAUCGCCGCCAGUUGAUACAGAUUAUCAGAGUCCUCUAAAUGGAGAAUCGAUAGAGAAUGAAACCAUAAAUUGCAUUAUCCAUACAGCUUAGCAAGCAUGUGUUUAUGAGCUACGGCUUCUUCUGGGUUCAUGGUGCUCCAAGAGAUGAGGAACUUAAUUUGCAGCACUCCUGCAGAUGCCCAUCAUGUGGCCUGAGCUGUUUCAUGUACCAUUUGUAGUAUUACCCAAAAAGCAAAAACAAAAAUGUAUCACCAUUUGUAGUACACGACUAAAAGCAUACAUCAGACGCAAUUAUGCAGAUCAGAAAGGCUGUAACUUCAAUCAUCAAUAAACCAAUGGUUACCUAUCAAGAAACAGAUCAGUUAUUACUUCACUCCAUAGUCACAUGUAUAAUUUCUUCUGUUUAUAUUUCUCGUAGAAUUAACAUGGAAAGGAACGAAUGAGACAUUUGGCCAAGAAAAAGAUUUGUAUUUCUGUUCAUAUUUCGUUCUGUAAAUAGAGAAAGCUACAAUGCUACUGAUUUGUCUUAUUGGAUAAUAAAUAAAACUCGAUUUCCUGCAU